AUGCUCAUAUUUCUACCGUACUUCACGGUGACGUUCGUCUUUAUGGAUCGAAUAAUGCAUACGGAUGCGGUGUCGAUACCAGUGAAGGUCUAUCUGCUGAUUUUCUACAGUGUGCUAUGUGCGGUUUUUGCACUCGUACAUGUCGCAUUUCUGUGCCAAUCGCUGGCCGGUCAUAUUCCGAUUAGCAUAAAGGGCCUCGACAAGACGACCACCGACUAUGUGGAAAUGUCCACGACGGUAGAUCGUGAAGACACGCUCCUCUCCCCUUCUGCUGCCACAUUCCCGAUCCGGGCCGUCGUCCGGUACAUCGUCAUGGAGACAAUUUCGACUACAAUUCUCGGCGUUAUCCUGUGCUUUUGGACGAUAAAUUUGGCCGUGCAUGGCUAUGCAAAGCGGCCGGGAUUUUUGGCGCAAAGGACCCAAUACACCGUCCUCCUCAUCUCGUGGGUGAUUUGUUUCCUGCGGAUGCCCGCGCAGGGAUACCUGGUCAGAAGAAAUCGUUCCCCACUGCCAAAUCUCCAAUCCCGCGGCUCCCAAUCGACGGCGCACGAUACACGAAUUUCGGUGUUAAUGGCCAGGGAA